AUGAAUUCACGGGUUGGUAUGAACGAGAGGACCGAAAGGCGCAUACUCACUGGGAACGAUUAUAUCGCUUCGAGUGGAGAGGAGGUUUCAUUAUUGAACAAGUCAAGAGAAGAGACAGAACCUCUUGAGGAGAAUAGGCGGAGUUGGUGUGGAUUCAUACUUCGGAAGAAUUAUCUCUCGCUUGAUAACGACGAAAUGAAGGUGAACUCAGAAAAGAAGAUGCGCUCGCCCGCGAGGCGCUUUGCGAUCAACCAAACCAUGUUGCCGUAUAAGAUGUUUUAUUUCCUGUCCGAUGGGGCAUCUUCAUGUAUUGCUCCGUAUCGCUCGCUCUACCUUAAACAACUUGGGUUGGGACCGAGUCGCAUUGGAGUUGUGGCAGCCAUGAAGCCUCUCGCAACAUUUCUCUCCAAUGCCAUGAUCGGGUUCUUGGCGGAUCGGUACGGAUGGCGGAAGGCGAUCAUGCUGACGAGUUUGUUGAUUUGGAUCGGGAGUCUCCUUGCCUUUGGGUUUCUUCCACCAGCUUCUGAGGUAUCCAGACCAGUGGCCGUGGAGCAGCUGAAGGACAUGAUCUCCCAAUUCAACUACACUGACCUGGCUGAAGAGGAACUGUUACUGAGGGGAGUACGUUCGACUGAACAUAGAUUUCAGACUCACAGAGAACUCCAACUACGGUUUAACGAACGAUUGAACCGCCUUCGUUGCUUGGUGAUGAACUGCACGACGGACGGGAUGCCGUUCGAUUCCUUACCACAUCACGGGAAAGAUUAUCGAUUGGCGAAGAAGAUGUUUGAUCCAUCAAGGGGCAGGCAUGAUGGACAUCGCAUGCAUGUCUCGUCAACUGAAUCGCCCUUGUCAACGACGACGUCUGGAAGAACCAACCACUUGGAAAUCUUAUUAGGAAUGGAUAUUAUAGAUAACCUUGAUGCAUCAAACAACUUAAGCGAAUGGAGCAAUCUCGUCCACGACGCCCUCGGUGGCGCCGAACCCUUCACGGAGUUUCCGCUGACCUCGAAUAUGGUCAUCAAGCUCUCUUCCGACCGCAGCUGGCUUUUCGACCAGCGGGAGCUCUUCCGGCUCUUCCUCAUCAUCCUCGUCAUCACAAACAUCAUCUACAUCUCACUAGGAUCAUUCAUGAGACUCGCUGAUACUGCGACCCUCAGUGCUCUCGCUAACGAUCCGGCAAGCGAAGUGUCGGACUACGGCUGGCAUCGCUCCUUCGGCGGACUAGGAUGGGCCAUCUGCUCUCUGAUUGUUGGUGUGUUACUGUCAGGGACAAGUAUCCCGGUGGUGAGAUGGGGAGUCACCCUCAUCAUCACCAACUACCGGGUCGCCUUCCUAGCCUUUGCCCUCGUCGCCUCUCUCUCUGCUGUCUGCUCGUGUUUUAUGGACUUUAAGUAUACUACUUGUGACUGGGACACGCAGUGGUCGGAGCUAAGACGCGUACUACUCAGUCCACACUUUGCUUCAGUUUUCUUCGUAGCCUUCUUCACAGGCGUUUGCAACGGUAGUGUCUGGGGUUUUUUGUUGUGGCACUUCCAGAAUAUUGGUGCCAGUCAGACCCUGAUAGGCGUCCUCGAGGCGAUACAAAGUAUUGCAGAGUUGAUACUUGGUUACUUUUCACGGCGAUUCCUAAAUUACUUAGGAUACAUUACUUCUCUGACGCUGGGUUUGGCAGUCUACGCUAUUCGCUUCGUCUGCUAUGCUGCAAUUUCAAAUCCCCUGUGGCUCAUACCUGUUGAGAUUUUACACGGUAUUUCAUUCUUACUGACGUGGACCACCUUGGUGUCGUACCUGGGGACGGCCGUCCCUGCCGAGUGCAUGACCACAGUACAGGGGAUCCUCGGCGCGCUCUAUUUCGGUCUUGGCGUCGGAGCAGGCUCCCUGGUCAGUGGCAUCAUCAUCGACUAUUUCAACGCCGUCAAAGCAUUCUAUGGAUUCGCCGUGGCUAGUCUGGCGGUGAUGUUUCUCUUCAUGGUUUCUCAACAGCUCUUUCCGCGUGGGAGCAAAUUUGAUGAUAAAUCAGGGUAUGAUGACAAUGGCAAUGACGAAGAAAAACAGAAACUCGACCACGUGUGCGAUGACGAAGCUGAAGAGGUCAUAACCCCUACACCACCGUAUCCUGUUUCCAUCAAGAAUUUUUUACAACCAAAAAGAACGAAGAAUGAACAACAUUUGCUUAGUCCCGGAGCUGGAACCGGUCCGAUCCCAGAAAUGAUGCCGCACGGUCGAUUCUUUCACCGGAUAAAUUUCGCUGAUGCCCAUAAAGAAGUACACCAAAUACAGCAACGUCCGCUGAGUUACUGUGGAACAGCGACCAGCGAAAUGAGAGUCGAAGUGCAGCAGAGGGCAUUACCUGUACACGUGACCGUUUCACUGCAGCAGCUGAAACAGCUGAAAUGUUUACCACCAAAAGAAAAGACGUUACCUAACAAUAAAAUUCCAAAAGAAGAAACUCGGAUAAAUGCCACGUGUCAGCACGAGAAAAUAGAAAACAAUUGGUUGUUGCCUCGCCAAAGAACUUACACGAUAAACUGAAAAUGACCCGAUUUCAUUCACUGAGCCAAUGACACCAAAUUGUUCAAAUUUGAUUAUUUAUGUAUGCAUGUAGGAAAUUAUAUGAUUUAAAGUUUUCAAUGCUAAGUUCACCCAGACAAAAAGUUGACCUGAAUGAGAAAAAAGUCAACCCAGCAUAACAUUGAAACCUCCUUUAAAGAAUUAUGGUGCUUCAUUUAUUUCAAUAAAAUGGGUAUGUGAUAUUGAAUCGAUAUUGUCAGAAUAUCACAAUUUGUUUUUCUCUUUCAUGACGUCACAUCAAAAAAGCCUAUGUCGUUUUUUUCUUCCUGUAAAUUAAAACUGGUUCAAAUCGUCCGUCUGAAAUGCAUAGUUUUGAAGGUCAUUAAGAAUCAAUCAAGAGGUUCUUUAUUAACAAAUCUACAAAAAGCAAACGUUUUCAAUCAAUGUUAUGCUUUUUGGUUGUUUUACCUAUUCAUCACCUUCCUUGCUGUCGUUGUGGGUGGUCUUAGCCUUGAAUAAUUUAUCCAUUUAUGCCAUCCGUAUAGUACUUGAAUAUAGAUAUAGGUACCUAAUGACGGAGUUGCAAUGAAUCUUUCGAGACAAGCUGCGUAGAAAAAAAUCCGGUCUUUUUCAUUAAAUCAAUCAAAAAUUUAAAACUCAAAUGUUAAGAGCGUGUAUAAGUAUUAUGCUUGUACGCCCUAUAUAACAGCCAUGUUUGCUCAUGAUAGGUCAAUUUGCAUUUGAACUGAAUAUCAUGGGAUGACAGAAAUUACGAUUAAUGCAUGUAUAAAACAUAUACUAAUGUAUAUGUACGAAUUCGGCAAAUAAAUGACUGAAUCGAAAGCGUAAAGUGGGUUUUAUCAUGAGAAAGAACAUCGAUUUUUGCUAUCCGAUUUACAUGUCCUUUCCGAAAUUCAGAGGACAUUUUUAAAGUGAAAAAUCACGUUAAAAGGUUAAGUGAUUACCGAACAUGACGCGCUCGUUCGGAGAAAGCCCACUCGGUGUGUGACUGUGAUACCCAUGGAUUUCAUUUCAUUUGUAGGUUUAAUUAAAAAAUACAAUUUUACAGAUGCUGCAGUCUCGGCUUUGGUCACAUUCUCUUUUUGCUUUUGUAUGAAGGGGGGGGGGGGGGGGUUCUUGGGGCUUGAAAUAUAUAUGAAAGUUACUUAUCAUAAUUCUUAUGAACUACUUUAUAGACAGCUGGAGAAUGGCUUGUGGAAAAUCUAUCUUUUACAAAAAUUAUAUUUUAGUAAUGUUGUUUGUUGAAUAAAAUUGAGGAUUUCUUCCUAGCUUACACCACGAUGAAAUCACCGACGAUUUUCAACUGGAAGUCAUGCAUGGGUAUAUCCAUUUAACAACUUGU